GCAAACUUUUCGCCGGCGAGUCUCAACGCGGCGCCUGGGCGGCCGCAUCAGAUCCAUCGGCCUGCGCUCUCAGCAGUCAGUCACAUCAUGGUGGAGCGGGCGCGCGACAAAGACCAGAGGGCGCCGAAAGUGCGGGCGUGCGAUUCGAGAGCGACUCUGGCACACGAAGAGCCCCAAGGCUUCGCCGC